AUGGAUGACUUACUAGAGCGCGAGGAGAUCUUUUGGCGACAACGGUCAAGAGAAAAUUGGUUGCGAUUAGGUGAUCGAAACACGAAGUAUUUUCAUUUGUCUACUAUUAUUAAUAGAAGGAGGUUGGCAAUUGAUAGAUUGAAGAAGGAAGAUGGCAGUUGGAUUGAUAAUGAGGAAGAAAUCAGAGAUACUUUUGUGACGUACUUCUCAGACAUCUUUACUUCUACCAACCCGGUCAUAUCAUCUGCAAUCAAGGAGUUGUUACACCCACACAUUACACUAGAAGAAAACGAGGAGCUAUGUAGAGUCCCCACGUACGAGGAGGUUAGAGAUGUGGUCUUCCAACUGGGUCCUCUUAAUGCUCAUGGCCUUGAUGUUGCCUUGGUCCAAUCUCUUUUUAAUGGUGAAAAUUUAUAUCCGGAAAUUAACCUUACUAAUAUAGCUCUGAUUCCAAGGACAAAAGCUAUUGCAAGGGGAACGUUGCAUGGAAUAAGAAUUGGUAGACGAUGCCCGGUGGUAUCUCACCUUUUAUUUGCGGAUGAUCUUCUUUUAUUUGGACGGGCUUCUCUACUAGAGAUGAAUGAGGUGGUUAACAUUUUGGCCAAGUUUGGGAGUUGUUCUGGACAGGAGGUUAAUUAUGGAAAGUCUGGUAUUUUAUUUAGUAAGAAUUUACCGAAACGACAAGGGAGGUUAAUUGCUCGAAGUUUAGGUGUGGUGAGACUAGGUCGACGGGCAAGAUACUUGGGGAUGCCUCUUUGUAUUGGACAUCCAAGGUCUGAAAGCUACCAAGAAGUUGUGGAUAGGAUAAAGACAAGACUGACUGGCUGGAGGGCAAAUUGUUUAUCACAGAUGGGGAGAACAGUGUUGAUUAACAGUGUGCUGUCAGCUUUGCCAACAUAUACUAUGUCAGUUCAUUCCUUGCCAACUCAGACCUGUUCUAUCAUUGAAACCACUAUGAAAUCUUUCUUUUGGAAUGGACAUUCAGGUCCAGGUACUGAUCUGCUAUGGCAGAAAGCUUGUAGGCCAAAGAGAUGUGGGGGAUUGGGUAUUCGGAAGAUGAAAUUAUUCAAUAAUGCAUUAUUGACCAAAGUUGGUUGGAGACUUAUGACAGAGGAGUCCUUCUGGAGUAAACUGUUAAUAAAGAAAUAUGUUAAAGGCGCUGAUUUCCUAACAGUCUCUGUGGGGAGUAGCAGCUCACCUUUUUGGAAAGGUCUCUGUAGGACCCGUAAUCUAUUACAAAGAGAUUGUUGUAAAAGGGUGGGGAAUGGGCUUACUAUCAAAAUAUGGGGUGACCCUUGGUUGCCAGACUUAGAAGGUUUUAUACUGCAGAGGCCGACAGAAGAGAUUCAUGAUGGGGUUUCUUAUGUUGCUGAUCUUUUUACACAAAGCGGGCUAUGGAACAUGCGACUUAUUUCUUCUAUAUCCCCUCUCGACGUUCAGCAAGCUAUUACAAGAAUUGGAUUACCAAAGUAUACCUCACAAGAAGAUGAGUGGAUCUGGACUUAUGAGAGGGAUGGAAAUUUCUCAAAGGCUAUCUGGUUUGGUAGUAUCGGUUGGAGGCCGGAUGGGGUGAGGGAGAACGCAAUUGCUGAAUGGUUAACAAAUAGUGUUCAGCGAGUGAGUCUAAUAGCAGAUGCAGAUGUUUUGUUGUUGCAAUCGCAGGCUCUAGUAAUAUGGAUGAUUUGGCUAGCUAGGAAUGAUGUUAUGUUCAAUGGAGUUACGAUUGUACCAGAACGAGUAAUUGAUAAAAUAAGAAAAUUCAGGAUGGAGUUAGUAGAGCUACAAGCACAUGUAGGGGAUGAGUUACAGGUUCAGUAUGAAGAAGACAGACAAAUUAGCCAACAAUAUUUUUUGAUGGUUCAUAUAAAGAUGAAAAGGAAGCAGCGGCUUGUGUAG